UCAAUGCCAUGUGAAGACCUUUGAAGCUCGUGGUAUAUAAAAAAAAUAAUAUUUUUGCAAACGAUACACUAAUAGAAAAUGUGCUGUUUUACAUUUGGACCCGUGUCACGAAUGUAAUGUGAUAAAAGAAGGGAGCACAAUUCACAAUGCUGACCAGUAAGGCUCUGGGUCCACCCAUUAAUCUGCAGAGCUUGUCUCCAAAGAUGCCUGAAGGAUUCAAAAGCAAAGUUGUGGCCCCUCGUAAUCCAAAACUUGUAAAACAACAAGACAAGCACAUCAAGAUGACUCCAUCUGCGUUUAUAAAAGAAAUGGCUUUAACUACAGAACAGCGGCUGGCAAACACAUAUGAGAUGAACCCGCCUCGAAUUAUUGAGCUCCUAGAUAUGAGCGAAACCACUCAUCAGAAGUUUUCAACAGUGGACAUAGACCAGGCAAUGUUCCAGCCAUUUCCAUCAGAGAUCGUGUUUCAGAACUACACUCCCUGUGAGACAUAUGAAGUGCCACUGGUCCUCAGAAACAAUGAUAAGAUUCCCCGUUUGGUCAAGGUUGUUCAGCAGGAUUCCCCAUACUUCAGGAUCAUCAGCCCCCUGGAUGUCUGCAAUAAAGUUGCACCAGGCAUGGCCUCCACAUUCACCAUCCUCUUCACACCAGAACAGAACAAGGAUUAUUCCCACAAACUGGUCUGCAUCACUGAAAGAGAGAAGUUUGAGGUGCCAAUACGGGCCAUUGGGGCACGGGCGAUCCUGGACUUCCCUGAUCACCUAAACUUCUCCCUCUGCCCAGUGAAGUUCUCCUCCCAGAAAACACUGCUGGUGCGAAACAUUGGGAACAACGAGGCCAGAUUCCAGCUCAGCACUGAGAGCCCAUUCUCUGUGGAGCCGCACUUGGGAACACUGGGAAUUGGAGAGAGCACGCAGUUCACCGUGAGCUUCUUUCCCAAGACGGUGGGAGAUCACUCCCAGGACCUCGUAUUACACUACGACACAGGGGAGGAUAUAUACAUCAGCUUGUAUGGAGCAGCUACAGACAUUAAUGUGCGCCUGGACAAAAACUCAGUCAUUGUCGAAAAAACAUACAUCACUAUGGCCAACCAGCGCUCCAUUGCCCUAAUCAAUAGGAGUGACAUCGUUGUCCACUUCCAGUGGAAAACCUUUGCCACAGAGGAAGAAGAGGAUCAGCAGAAGCUCAGGUUCCGCUUGGAUCUGCAGCGGGAAGAGGAGGAAGAGACUGACAGUUUCCUGGCUGAGUGCGACGCCGACCCCACCAUCCGGGACAGGCUCUCCAUCCUCUCCCGCACCUUCCUCAACCGGCGGAGGAGGCUGCAGGAGGACAGGCUGACUUUUUCCGAUGACUUCAUUGCCCUUGACCCGCUGGAAGGUGACAUCUGGCCAAAUUCCGCUGUUGAAGUGAAUAUUAUUUUUAAACCAAAAGAGGCAAAGAUUUACCAACAAACUGUGUACUGUGACAUUACAGGUCGGGAAUCUCGUCUGCCUCUGAGGAUUAAAGGAGAAGGCAUUGGACCUAAACUGCAGUUCAGCUUUGACCAGCUGGACAUGGGAAACAUAUUUGUAGCUUCAAAACACAGCUAUGAGGUGCUGCUGACUAACCAGGGUCGUAUUGAUGCCACGUUCAGCCUUGUGCCCCCCAGCUCUGCCUUGGGUGCCUGCUUCUCUUUUAGCCCCAGUGAGGGCACAGUACCACCUGGAGGCUGUCAGGCUAUGGAGGUGACUUUCUCCUCCAGCAUCCUGGGAGCCUUCUAUGAAGAGUUCUUCUUCUCCAUCAAAGGAAAUCCACAGGGCAUCGCCAUCAUCUUCAGGGGCUGUGUGAUGGGACCCACAUUUCAUUUCAGUGUGCCAGAGCUAAACUUUGGAGAUGUGUCCUUUGGAUUUCCUCAUACUCUGACCUGCUGCCUGAACAACACCUCUCUGGUGCCAAUGACCUUUACUCUGCGUGUUCCUGGAGAUGGAAGUGGGGAGGCCAGCAUGACCAGUGCCAGUCAGGUCUCAGACAUGAACAGGACGACCUGGGCCAAUUUCAGCCAGGCGGACCGGCCCAGAGAGUUCACUGUGACCCCCAGCAACGGGACUGUCCGUGCCCAGGGACUGACCGACAUUCAGGUGACCCUGUGCUCGAACACAGUGCAGUGCUAUGAGCUGGCUCUGGUGGUGGAUGUGCAGGGUGUUGGGGAGGAGGUCCUGGCUCUGCCAAUCAUUGCAAGAUGUGUUAUUCCUGCUUUGCGUUUGGAGACCCCAGUUUUGGACUUUCACAAAUGCUUCCUGGGUUACCCCUAUCAGAAGACAGUGAAGCUGAUGAAUAAUAGUGACCUGCCAGCUUGCUAUGGCUUACUUUCACAGGAGUACGAGGAGUUUCCUGCUCUGCUGUAUUCCAGCCCUCAUCCUCGUGGCAUCCUCGAACCCCAUUCCAUGGUGGAGGUUCCACUUAUCUUUCAGGCAAAGGCCAAAGGCAGGCUUGAAACCGUGGCACUGAUCGCUGUGUUUGGCAGUGAAGAGCCACCACUUGGGCUGCACUUGUCCUGUAUUGGUGAAGGGCCAGUGGUUCACGUUAAAGUGACUGAAGUGGAUUUCGGGAGCAUCCCAGUUUUGACAGACAUAACCAGGACACUGCAGCUGUCUAACCAGUCCCCAAUCCCAGCGCGUUUCUUGGCACAAAUGGUGCGUAAUAAGUCCCAGUGGCGCCCAGAACCAAGUGAAGGAGAGGUGCCAGCCGAGGGGGUGAUGGAGAUCAGGCUGGUGGCACACCUGGAUGACACGGUGUGCUUCCAGGAUAAGCUUCACCUGGCCAUUGAGAACAGCCAGACCCACUCAAUCCCAGUCUCCGCCAUGGGCACUGGCACAACCAUUGUGACCGACAGACCCUUUGCCCCUGCUCUCAACAUGGGGGCCCACUUCAGCUCUGGGCCCUGUCGGUACCACUUCCGGAUCACCAACCGCGGCCGGCGCCCUCACCAGCUCUACUGGAUGACAGAGGGGUUCCCCCAGUUCCGUCGGCGACCCCCGCCUUUCCCAAGCAGCUCCAAGGACAACAGGCACAGGAACCCAGUACCUGUUGCGGACCAGGACACUCCUGUCUUUACACUGCAUCCCCUGAGGGCAGAGCUACAGCCGGGGCAGACUGUGGACAUGCUGCUGGAAGGUUCAACUCACGUGCCCAAGGUGGUGAGGGAGAAACUGAUCUGCCAGGCCAUCAUUGGCAAGCAGAGUGGGAAAGAGCGCAUCAUGACCGUGGAUGUGACAUGCGAGUUCAUUGCACCUGUGCUGGAUAUUUCAAGCAAGCAACUGAGCUUCUAUGUGGAGAAGAGGCCCGCUGCUGCCCUAGCUCCUCUGUACAAGCCUCUGCUCCUGAAGAACGUCUCCUCGCUGCCUCUCACUGUGCAGCUGGCCCUUAGGGAGCCCUUCGCUCUCUGUGACAGGCAGGGAGACCGUAUGCUUUCCACAUCAAAGUCUCUGGUGUUAGGAGUGGGAGAGCAGGUGGAAGUGUGGGUGCGAUUCGAGCCAUCCUACAAGCCAGACCGAGUAACACGGGUGGUGGACGAGAUACUGGGGAUCCACUACCUGCAGCACCCCCAAAAGGACUGCGUGGCCCUGCGUGGGGAGGUGCACUUCCCCAACUUGCACUUCUCCAGCACCAUGCUAGACUUUGGCUGCAUCCUGAACCACACCGAGGCCGAACGCCACCUCACCAUGGUCAACUGCAGCCCCCUGCCUGUGUCCUUCCGCUGGUCCUUCCUGGUGGACAGCGAGCAGCAUCAGAUCAGGUUUCCUCAGGAGGAGAGGCCGAGUGACAGCCAGCUCUUACUGGGAGAGGAGAACAGGGACCUGCUGUGGAAUCUCCUGGUGAAAGGAGAGACUGACAGCAGAGUGGACUCCAACAGGGAAACUGAGGUUCCCAAACUAACCUUCGAAGAAGAUAAGGAGGAUAAAGAGAAGACAGAUCCAGAAUAUGAGACAAAGGAAGGAAUAGGGUCCCCUAAGGAUCCAGUGUCUUCUGUCAGCCUUUGCAGUCUCAGUGCCGAGCAAGCUGUAGUUUGCACUGAUGAAAGGCUACUGCCAUCUCAGAGUCAAGAGUUCAUACACACCACCCUGUACCAACAACCUGAGGAGAAGCCGCCUGUAGGAGUGGAGGAGGUCUUUGAUAUUUUGCCACUUUAUGGAGUCCUCCAGCCCAAUGAGAGCCAGCAGGUUUCCUUCACAUUCUACGGCCAUGCGGGUAUCAGUGGACAGGUGCUAGCGCUGUGUGAGGUGGAGGAAGGACCAGUAUAUGAGAUCACACUGAAGGGAGAGGCCUCCCUCGUCACAUACAGUUUUGACAGGACUGAGAUUGACUAUGGGCUACAGCUGUUUGACCAUGUGGCAGAGGCUGAGAUCACUCUUAAGAACACAGGGAAGGCGGGCUUUGAGUUCAACACCCUGCUCAGCCAGCAGAGCUGCUCUCCAGCACACCCUCGACCUGGGAUCCCACUUGUCAUCCCCAGCUCAGGCUUUAUACCAGCUUACGGAGAACAGAAACUAUCAGUUUAUUACCUCCCUGGGGUCCCCGAGAUCUUCGACAAGAGCUUUGAAAUUCAAGUUUCUUACUACGAGCCAGACAUCAUCAGUCUGAAAGGAGAGGGCAUUUUCCCUAGAAUUUCCCUGGAUCUGCCAAGAAAUCUCACAAUAGAUCAUGAGAAAUACAGCUCCAUUCUCAGAGAAGCAAAGGAGUCCCUGGAGAAUGACACAAGAAAAGAAGAGGCAUUCAGCCGCUCAGUGACAGCGGGUGCCGACCUGUCUGUGGAUGAGUACAUCCCUUCAUACGACACCCUGCUGCAAAUGGAGGUGGAAAGGCUGCUGGUGAAGGAGCACUCAGUGGAACAAGAGGAGCUGCUCUCUACUCGCAGCCAGGUCACCGGCACCAACCAGUGGUGGCGCAAGAAACUGGGGAGGUUCUUGUUGCCUGAGUACAUUCUGGACUUUGGCUAUGUGAUCCAUGGCAGUGUGUGCACUCACAUUGCGAAGGUGACCAACACAGGCCCCCUUCCUGUGUCCUUCAAGGCUGAACGGCGCCCCCUAACCAACACAGGUUUCAGCACAGAGCUGGAUAAGGUGAAAAACCUCCCUUAUUGUGAGACAGAGACAUUUGAAGUCAAGUUUGACCCUAGAGGUGCUGAUCUAGACCUGGGCGAGGUCAGCACUCUGAUGCCAAUCCAGGUUGCAGGGGGGCCGACAUUUCCUGUGCGUCUCUGCGCAGUGGUGACCAUGCCCUCCCUGGCUAUCUCCACUGACACGCUGAACUUCGGCUCUGUCCAGUGCGGACUGUGUCGAGUGAUGACCAUACAGCUGCACAACCACCUGCAGGUCACCUGUCGCUGGUCCGUCAGCGAGCCAGAGAGGCAGAAGAAAAAGAUUGACAAGUAUGUUCCUCUGCAUCUGCGACGCAAGGCCAGGCAGGAGCUCCGCAGUGCCCCCCAGGUCUUCGAGAUGCUGCCUCCCACAGGAGAGCUGCUGCCUGGGGAGAGGGUCAAUGUGCAGGUCAAGUUCAGCCCGACUGAGGGGAAGGCCUACAGCCAGCGACUGACGCUGUGCAUCGCCCAGAGCAGCCAGCGAGUGAUGCUGCUGGCCCAGGGCCAUGGAGAAGAGCCCCAGCUGGAGUUCUCCUCCUCUGUGCUAGAGCUGGGUCCCAUCCUGCCCUACAGCAAUGGAGACAAGGCUGAGGUGGUGGUCAGAAACCCCUGUGCGUUCCCUGUUGAGUUCUACUCCCUGGAGUUUGAUAAGCAGUACCUGGAGGAGGAAAAGAUCCUACGGAUGCUGAAGGGAUAUGACUCUCAGAACAUCCUGCUCCUGCCCCCCCGGGCACCGGGAGAGAAGCUCCCCCCCGAAAUUCUGGAUUACUACGAGGAGCAGCGGGCUGCUCAAGAGGAGCGGAGCCGGUUGGAGGAAGACCCGAGGACAGCCGAGGACGCUCUGGGUUUGGAGCUGGAGGAGAAACACGAUCCCCUGGGACAGGAGGAGGAGGAUGUCCCCCUCCAACAAUGUGACCGGGUCAAUGAAGACGGGGAGGAAGAGACAGGGGGAGCUCCCCUCAGAGAGAAGGCUCACGGCACAGACCUGAGCAGAGAGCGAGCGGGCAGUGGCAGCAGCAUUGGUGUGGGUGAGCUAGAGGACAACCCCGUGUCCAAGGCCAUCGCCCGGCACAUGGGCAUUGACCUCUCUCCCGAGGGCCAGGCAUCCAGGAACCGCAGAGGCAUCGCCAUCAUUGUGCACGGGGCGCCCCUCUCAGGAAAAACCAGGACAGCUGUGACCCUGGCUAAGCAUUAUGGUGCUGCUUGUCUGAGCAUUGACGCUGUGGUGCUGGAAGCUGUGUCCAAUGGGAACAGCGCUACAGGACUGCGGGCACGAGAGCUGUGUGCCAGGGCUGCCCAGGAGCAGGCACAGAGGAGGGCAGAGGAGACUGCCCAGGCUGUGUCGGAGGUGAUAGGAGCUGGGACGCAGGGCACAGGUUUCCUCAGUGUGGAGGCUGUGACCAAACACGCUUCCGAGGGCAGCCAGAACAACGAGGCCAAAGCUGGGCCUCAGUCUGCCAUCUCUGUCCGCAAUAAAGCCAGCACUGUGGGUGGCAAGGGCAAAGCUGAGAGCUCCCAGACCCAGAAGCAGCAGUCCUCUGAGCCCACUGUCAACUCCCAGAGCACAGCAGCCCCAGCGCACUCAGGUCUGCCCCAGCGGCGGCUCAGUGUCAGUGCCAGUGUGGCCGGAGAGCUGGGCUUGCUGAGCUGCGUCCUGCCCGAUGAGCUGCUGGUGGACAUCCUGGCCGAGAGGCUGCAGUUGAAUGACUGUCAUCGGGGAGUGGUUUUUGAUGGUUUGGAGACCUUAUAUUCUCGCUCGCCAUCCAGUGCACUCCAGGCUCUUCUCAAAGCUUUUAACAACCGCCGUUAUAUCUACUUGGUCAACCUCAUCCAGGAUUACAACACACUCAAAGCUAAGGAGAAGUCUGAGAGAGAUGAGGAGGAACGGCUGCUUCAGGAGAGAAUAGAGAUGGAGAAGGCGCGGAUGAAGGAGAUGGAUGAAGAGGAGUAUGAUGCGCUGUCAGAGGGAGAGAGAGAACACAUUGACCUCAAGCGCCUGGAAGAUCUGAGAGAGCGCAAGCGCAGGGAACAGGAAAGGCUGGCGCAGGAGCUGGAGGAGAGGAGGCAGCAGGAAGAGCUGGAGAGGCUGAGAGAGGAAGAAGAGAUGAGGAAGAAGAGUAAGAAAGGGCGUAAGGAACCAAGCAAAGAGGAAGCAGGCCCCGGGAAGAAGAGUCAGCUGGCGGGGAAGCAGGUGUCCAGUUUGGCUGGGAUCCGCUCGGAGACGAGAGUGGACCAGGCUCCCGGGGAGAGGAAGCUGUCGUAUAUGGAGCGCCCUGAAUCGAUGCCCACGGAGCGCAGCGACCCCGAAGAAGGGAACAAGAAGAAGAAAGCCAAGGAAGGGAGAGCGACAGGGCAGGACCUGUCCCCUCCGCCUCUGGCGUCCUCCGAGGAAACGGAGAAGGAUCAGGCCGACCAGCGGGAGAAGGCGCUGCUGCUGCGGUUCCGGCUGUACGAGCAGAGCCAGAGGGCCGUCUCCCAGGUUGCGCGGUUCUGGGACCGCGUGCAGGGCCAGCUGGUGCAGCUGCUGACCCAGGAAGAUGCGCCCCAGGAAGCCGAAGACAACACGGUGCCCGAGCGCCAGGCCCCAUCGGGGAAGAAGGGCAAGAAGGAGAAGCAGGAGAAGGAGAAAGCGGAGAAGGACCGGCAGGAAAGGGAGAAGGUGGACAGGCUGAAAGUGGACGCGGACCCCAAAUUGAUGCUUUCUCCUGUCCCUAGUCAGACGAUGGAGGGAGAGAGCUUUGAUGGUGGGGAGAGAGAGGAACAGCUGGAAGGCAGUGGUGAGGUGGGGGUGCCCUAUAUCCCCCUUCAGGUCAGCGGCAAGAAUUACCCCAGUGGGACCGAGAUCCUCAAGAGUGGAAAAUUGCCCCCCCUUGAUGAGGUUUUAGAUGGGCUGGGAUUGGGAACCAGAGGCCCCCCGAUUCCUCCUCCCACCAUCUUCUCAGUUGUGCCAUACCCCAAGAAGAGGCCACCGCUUAGCACCCAGGAGAUCCUCAGUCACUUCACAUUCAUCGUGUCUGCUCCAGAAGACACUGUGGAGGACAAGAAAGACACAGUUGGAGCAGAGACUGAGUUAGAUGCACUAGGCUCCAUCUCAUUCAUCAAGGAGGAGUCGGCGACCCCCAGCAAAGGUCGCGGGAAGAAGGAGAAGACGGAAACGGGGCGGGAGAGCCAGAAGGACAAGCGGCGAGCGGCGGUGGGGUCGAAGAAGGGGUCCCGUGGCAGCGAGUCGCGCUCUCCCCCGCUCAUAGCUGUCACCCCACUCUCCGACACCGAGCAGAGCAGCCGCACAGCCGAGCCCGCGCUCCAGAAGACCCAGCGCUUGACUCACUUCCGCUGGACUGUGCCGCCCCAUGGAGAGAUGUCCCUUAAAGUCUGGUUCAAUUCUACUGUGUCUGGCCAGUUUGAUCAGACUCUGAACUUUGAGAUCUUGGGCACUAGGAGGCGCUAUCAGUUGUACUGCAGAGGUGUGUGUGCCUUUCCAGCAAUAAGUAAAGACGCCAAGACGGUGUUCGCUCACUGUAAGAAGGCCCUAGCCCUGCAACCGGGUGAGACAUUGCAGAAAACGUACAUCUUCAAGUCACAGGUCUUUGAGUUUGGACCUCUUCUUUGUGGAAAAACGAGGGACAGGUACAAAGAGCGGAAAUACCCUGAGAACACGGAGAAGCUGAUUGUGCACAACAAUUCCCCCCUGGAUGCCGAAGUCUUCUUUUGCUUCCAGCACGACACCAAGGCCACCACCUUUCUACUGGACCCUCCUUCCAUGACCCUCAGACCAAAUGAGAAACAGGAGCUGACAGUGUGGGCGUACCCCACCUCCCCAGGAGUCUUCGAGGACAGCGUGGUGUGCUGUGUCAGAGAGAACCCCGAACCAGUGCUCUUCAGAAUCACCUGCCGCGGGGUCAGGCCAGAACUGGACAUAGAUCGCAAGCAACUGCACUUUGACAAGAUCCUGCUGCACAGGAAGGACACCAAGAGCCUGUACUUGAGGAACAGCACCCUGUUGCCAGUAGCCUGGAGGCUGAGUGGGCUGGAGGUGCUGGGGGACGAGUUCACAGUCUCACAGGACCAGGGCAUCAUCCAGCCGCAGUCCGAGUUCUCCCUGCAGAUGCACUUCAGGGCCAUGAAGCCUGUCAACCUCAAGAGAGCCAUCCGACUGGAGGUGUCUGAUGUGGAGAACAUCCUGGGGAUUGUCCACACAGAGAACAUUCAGAUCAUCGCAGAGGCCUACGAUGUAGCGCUUGAUAUGAGCUUUCCCAGAGGUGCUGAUGGAGGUCUUGACUUUGGGCUAAUCAAAGUGUCAGAAGAAGUCAAGCUGUCUGUGAAUUUGAAGAACAAGGGCAAAUAUGAGAUUGUAUUUCAUUUCGUGUUGGAGGCCACAGAGCCAGACAUGCCUGACCUCACCUCGCUCUUCACCAUCACCCCCCAGAAGGGCUCCCUGAACCCCAGUGACAGGCCCACCACCGUGCAGAUAGUCUUCCGCUCCAAUAAGGAGGUGUCAAUCAAGGACAAGCCCAUCCUGCGAUGCCAGGUGAUUGAGCCCAAUGUUGCAGAAGGAGGAGAAACCAUAGCCAGCAUCCCAGUGAAAGUGUCCAUACAGUCACUUUUUACCAAGUAUAGUAUAAGCCCCGCAAACGAUAUCAACUUUGGUGCAUUGGUCUACGGCAGUCGCAAGCUCCGUACAUUUACCAUUGAGAACAAGGGAGAGUUUGAGCUCAGAUACACCAUCUUCAGAAUGUCCAAAGAUGUGCCACCUCCAACCCAGAAAAAAGGUGCUGUUGCCGUCAAGCGGGCCCGUUCACGGGAGGGGUCUUGCUCAGGGAAGUCAGUUCCUGUUGGCAAACUGCGGCGCAGUGAGUCUGUGCAGAAAGAAAUGGGCACCUCUGUGCAGGCUCGGUUCUCCACUGGGAUGUUCACUGUGUCCCCUGGAUUUGGACCACUGGCUCCCGGUACCCACCAGAUCAUCACUGUGGAGUGUGUGGCCGACCAGGUGGGCAAGUGUGAGGAGUACCUGGCUAUUGACAUAUCUGACCGGGACCCCAGCGACCAGCCCAAUGGCAUCUCAUACAGACUUGUUGCAGAAGGCUGCAUACCAGGUAUAGUUGUGAAUGACAUAGCUUCCAUCUUUGAGGAGCACCGGAUCUGUAAAAACAGCAGCCUGUUCCAGUUUCUGCAGAUCUCUGACUGCACAGGGAUCUACAUCGAGGAUGAAAACAAGUUUCUCUUCUGCAAUGUGCUGGUGGGUCGCCAGGCCAAGGCACGCUUCAAAAUCAUUAAUACAGGCAGAGUGCCCUGCGACCUGAGUCUGGCAGUGAGGCCCGUUUCUGCCAAGGUGUCUGGCCGAAUCAGCGAUGUAUUCGAGGUGGAUCCUGUGAAGUUGUGCGUCCCCAGUCACUCCCAUGCCUUUGUAGUGGCAACAUUUACUCCUCAGAGCAUGCAGAACUACCAGGCUGUAUUCGAGGCUUCAGUGGAAGGCGUGUUAAGUUCCAGCCCCAUGGUGAAGACGAAGGCCCUGGUCUUUGACAUUGCGGGGGACGGGAACCUGGCGCGGGUGUCCGUGCUUCGGCCCACGCUGAGGAACCACAGGGGGAGCCCACUGCUCCUGUUCCGACGCCUCCUGCUGGGGCGCACCCAGAAACUGCCCCUCUUACUGAUGAAUGACAGCAGUGUCCCUGCACAGAUCAAUAUUGACCUGCUGGAUGAGACGGGAGACUUCACUGUAAAAUCUGGUCCCAACACCAGCUGCGGCUACGUAGGCCAGUCAGAGAGGCAUGCAGCACACACAGCCUCCCUGAUCCUCACUCCAGGACAGCAGGCAGAGUUUUCUGUGGUGUUCAGCCCAGCAGCAGUGCAGAGUUACGAUGCUACCGUGCGCAUCCUGGUAGUGGAUAAUCAGUAUGAGGAGACAGUGGUGCAGCUGCUGGGAGAAGGCUACCAGGACCAGGUCACCUUGGACAACAUCCACAGCACUGCCAGCACUGAGGCCACACAGCUGGACCAGGACAACCUAGAAGUAUACCGUUCAGACAUCCUCCAUUUUGGGGACUGUCAUGUUGGGAGGGCCUACCAGGAGAGCUUCACCAUGACCAAUCAUAGCAGUGCAGACGUUCUUCGGUUUGAGUGGCCUCUUGAUAGCCCACAGCUCAAGUUCUCUCCACAGGUUGGGCACCUCCAUGCUGGCUGCUCGAAAGACAUCACUGUGACCUUCCACUCCGAGCAGCCCGUCGCCCUGAGUGCUCGGCUGAUGAAGUGUAAGCUGUGCAGGAUUGGCUUCCAGCAGCCAGUGGACCAGGUGCCCGACUGGGACGACAGGAUGAGAACUGUGAAGUGGGUCGAUGUCGGAAGGCAAGCAGCUCUGCCACCUUCUGCCAGGAGAAAGGUGAUAGAGACAGAUCCUGAGCCGGUCCACGCUGUUAUAGAAAAUUCCUCUCAUGAACUGGAGCUGAGAGUCAGUGCUGUGUGUGACUACGCCCAGUUCAAAUGCAAAACCGAGACCAUCCGCUUCAAAGACACUCUGCUUUUCCAGACCAGAGUCUUCGAGAUACAGAUGACAAAUGAGGGCAAUGUACAGCUGGAAUUCUCCUGGCAGGUCUUAAUGGAGAGAUGUGGAAAAGGUGUUGGCUUCAUUGAGAGACACACAGACUCAGACGGUGUCUCGUCCACUCAAACCCCAGGCUCUCGCCUCAGCAGUAGUAUACGGAGCCGGCCUGCCAGCGCUCUGGAAAGAGUGUCAUCCCUCCUGGCUGGGGAUCCCGAUGUGCCUCCCUUCUCUGUGGAGCCCAGCGCCGGAGCCAUCGCCCCCGGUAGCAGCCAGGCCUUCCGCAUCAAGUUCUCCCCUCUGGAGGUGGCGGAGAGCGAGGGGCGGCUCGUCUGCAGUAUCCCAAACCUGAAGGAUGGACAGGGCCCCACGAUGGCAGUGAGUGGCCGCAGCCUCUUGCCUUACUGCCACUUUGACCUGGAGGACUCAGAUUAUAUCAGCAGCAGCCGGCGCAACCCAGAGCUCCGGGGGCCCCAGGGCGCCCCUCCCAGGGCCACCCUGGACCCCAACACCAGGGUCCUGGAGUUCACCUCUGUGGGAAUCACAACUACCACCUCCAGAGUCUUCAGUAUAAUGAACCCCACCAGUUCUGCUUACUCCUUCCUGUGGAGGUGUGAGGACUCUGAGGAGUUCAAACUGCACUCGCCCUUCCGAUGCAUCACUGACAGAGGCACAAUCCAGCCGGGGAAGAAAGUGGAGGUUGCCUUUGAGUUCAUGCCUCUUCUGCUGGAAAGCAUCGAAUCUUUCUGGUUCUUCCUGAUCCCUGAGCAGAGCAUCUCCGUGCCCUUCCUGCUGGUGGGCACAUCCCGAGAGCCAGCAGUCUGCCUCGACCGAUCCUACCUCAACUAUGGCUGCCUGCUCAUCGGCCGGGAGGCCCAUGAAACAGUGUACAUGGUGAACAGCGAGGACAUAGCAUUCCAGUUCUCAUUUCAAGAGAGCUCCCGGCACUCCAAGGGCUACACCGACAGCCUGAUCAUGGAGCCUAUGGAAGGAACAGUGCCACCUAGGAGCAGAUCCCCACUGGUCAUCUCCUUCACCCCCACCCAGGAAGGCAAUGUGAACUUCAACCUGGUGUGUGAUGUGAAGAGGAAGACUCAGCCCCUGACUCUGAACGUGAAAGCAGAGGGAUACAGCAUGAGUGCCAAUGUCCAGUGUGAGAGCCCCGACGGGCUCAUUACAGAGCUCAGUCCCAGCAGUGUCAACGAGAUCAGCUUCAAGCAGGUGGAGACGAAUGACAAGUUGUCAUGCUAUCUCCUAGUGUCUAAUCCCGGGCAUUUUGGCCUGGAUGUGCUGUACGAGCUAUGGGGCCCCCAGGAGCUCCUGCGCUACCUACAGGUGGCGCCAGAGAGGUGCAGUGUUGCAGCUGGUCGGAAGAGCCAGUGCACUCUGACCUUUAACCCCCUGCAUAAAUGUGUGCUGAAGAACACUGGUCUCAAGAUCAAGAUAAAGAAUGGGCCUGUGUUUAACUGCUUCCUUUCUGGAUCAGCUGUGGCCCCUGGUGUCCAUUUUUCUUUCACCACACACAACUUUGGGAUUAACUUUAUCUACCACGCGGGGAUGGUGCCUUGCAGACAGACGCUUGUCAUUACUAACAAAGGAGAGAGAGGAGCCAGCCUGGAGUGCUUGUUCACCAAUAUGGCCCAUCUGGAGGUGGGGUUCCAAGCCGGCGUGCUGCCCCCUGGUGGAGUGAUGGAGGUGCCCAUCACCUUCUACCCGCGGGAGGCUAUCCGCUAUCAGGAGAGGAUCACCUUCGAGAUCAACGGCUACACGCACCACAGCGUGGAGAUCCUGGGACAGGGUACUGAGAUGAAGGUUGAAGUGGAAAAUCCCAAACACAAGGUGGUGAGCCUUGGGGCUCUUCAGGUUGGCCAAAAGGCAAAGAGAGUGAUUCCAGUGGUCAAUAAGAGCCAUGCCCCCCUGACCUGUUCCGUGGUGAUGAAUCCCACCCUGCAAGCAUUGCUGGAUCCAAAGGUGCUCAGUGUCAGACCUUCAGGAGACAUAACUCUGAAAGCCAAUGGGGGGCAGUGUUCAGUAGAAGUAGUGUUUUCCCCAAAACACCGUGUGCCCUCCUUUGCGGAGGAGGUCAUGCUGGAGUGUGGAGGGACGUCCCGCUCGCUGUUCGUGCUGCGUGGGUGCUGCCAGGGUAUGAAGAUCAGCCUAGACCAGGACUACCUUCCCUUCGGCACUGUGCUCCUGCGCUGCCAGGCUACUCGAAGAAUUCUGAUGCAGAACACAGGCGACAUUGGAGCCAGCUUUAAAUGGGAUUUGAAGAGGUUUGCCCCUCAUUUUUCCAUCAACCCCGUGGAAGGCUACAUCUCCCCUGGGAUGGAGGUGUCCUUUGAAGUCACCUUUGCUCCCCAGGAGCAGAGCCAGGACAUGCGCUACGAUGACUUGCCCUGUGCCAUCGAGGGUGGGCAGCCACUCCGGCUGACUCUGACAGGAUCCUGUGCUUCAGCCCCGGUCACCAAGGAGGUGGUGGGUUUCGUGUGCCAGGUGCGCACUCAGCAGACCCAGUCCAUUGUGCUGUGGAACCGCACCAACCAGCGCUUGAGCCUGAAGCCCGUGAUCGAGGGGGAGCACUGGAGCGGGCCUCCCAGCUUCGUCAUAGAGCCCCACCAGCAGAACAAGGCCUAUGAGGUCACCUACAGGCCCCUGGUCAUGACCGCUGAUGGCAGGAAGCACCAGGGCUCAGUAUUCUUCUCGUAUCCCGAUGGCACGGGCAUGCUGUAUGCCCUGCAGGGAACCUCCGAGCCCCCGAAGGCUGCAGGCACCAUCAGCCGAGACGUUCCGGCCAAGACCUCCUACACAGAGCUGCUGCCUGUCGCCAACUGGCUGCCCAAGCCCCAGAGGUUUCGGGCUAUAGUGGAAACUCUCAAGCCGGAUAAGACCGACAUCACCACCACCUUGAAAGGUCUUGACUUCAUUGAUGUUCCAGCACUGGCUAAAAGGGACUACAAGCUCACUUUCUUUUCCUACAAAGAAGGAGUGUUUAAUGGCAAGGUUACUUUCCGCAACGAGAUCACCCAGGAGUAUCUGUUCUAUUACGUCAACUUCAAGGCCACGGCCCCCGGCAUCAUGAAGACCAUCGAGAUGGUGACGCCCGUGCGCCAGAGCCAUUCGGCCACAGUGACAGUGGAGAAUCCUCUCCCCACGCCACUCUCAUUCACCACCGAGUGCAAAUCAACAGAAAUCAGCGUGCCAUCCCAGCUCACUGUGCCUGCCCAGUCGGAGGGCACCCUCACGUUCGAGUACCAGCCCCUGCGCGUGGGGGAGUCUACAAGCCGCCUCACCCUGCUGAACGGGGAGCUAGGCAAUUUCCACUAUGAGCUGCUCCUGAAGGCGCUGCCCGCGGGGAAGGAGAAGGCUCUGUUCUUCCGUGCCACGCUGGGCAACGGGCAGUACCUCUCCGCCAAAUUCAUCAACUAUUCCCGCGUGAAAGCUGAAUAUAGCUGCAAGAUCGACAGUCCUGACUUCACGGUGGAGAAGAACGUCAACGCCGCCCCAGGGUUCCAGGGGGGCAUGGAGGUCAGCGUGGAGGUCUACUUCGAGCCCUCCCAGCUGGGCGAGACCCGCGGGCUGCUCACCCUGUCCUCCGCCUUCGGUGGCGAGUACUUCUUCCCGCUGUUCGGGACCUGCACCCUCCCCAAAGCCCAGGGCCCCUUCACGAUCCGAGCCGGCUCCAACGUGUCCAUCCCCUUCAAGAACGUGUUCCAGCAGACCACCGCCUUCUCCUUCCAGGUGGACAACCCUGCCUUCACGGUCAAGGGCAUGGAGACCAUCCGCCCCAAGAAGACGCACAACAUCCUGGUCUCCUUCGAGGGCGGUCCGGCCGGCCCCCGGGCCCCUGUGAAUGGCAAACUGACCAUCUCCUGCCCCCGCGCGGAGGGGCACGGCCAGAUCAUCUCCUGGGUCUACUACCUCAAGGGCCACACUCCCGAGCCAGGCCCAAAAGACAAGGCCUGAUCUGUGCCUUCAUCUUGGUGCCAGGAACGUUUCUGUUGGUGUUUGUUUCUCAGCCUUUUUUAUUUUUUACACUUCUGUUCAUUCCCCCAUCAUUCUCAUUACUUAGUCAUUGUAUUCCAUUUUUCUCAAAUUAGCAGGGCUCUCCUGUUCAGUGACUAUGUCUGUUGUAGGCUACGAACCCCCCUAUUAGUGCCUUACUAGUUAUAAGCUAUGAAGGUGAAAAGUUCAAAUUCUUAUAAAUUAUUAAAGGAUUUAUAUAUUAUCUUUAAAUAUUCACUGAAAAAUUAAAUGCUGCACUAUAAUUGUUUUUUUCCUAAUAUUCUGUGAAUCCAUGAUUGUUAAUCUGUAUUUGUUGUGCUGACAGAUAUUUUUACAAAGCUUACAAUACUUUGAUCCCUUUUAUCUACAUUAGCCUUGAAAAUGCAAAGCAACCAUUUUUUUCGUUUAAAUAUUACCUUCAGCACAUUUAUCUAAGAUCUUAAAAUAUUUAUUAAAAAAGCCAUCUUCACAACUACUGCACAUGUCUCAGAAUAAAAGGAUAGAACAUGU